AUAAAAGAAAUAAAACAGAUAAAGUCAGAAUAUACAGUGCUACAGACACAGUCUUGCAAGGUGAAACAAAAUGAUGAAAAGAAAAAUGACAAAGCUGAGAGAAUUCAGAAGGUCCGCCAUAUGUGGACACUUAUAAUGGAAAUGCUUACAUCUCUAGAAAAGGAAAAGGAAUGUGUGGAUUCUGUACUUGAUGUACUUGAAGAUUGUGUUGGUCAAUGCACGUUAGAUGGAACUAAGGUUGUUUUCUGUGUUCCAUGGCUGUUGGCUUUCAGAGUUGAAAGGGACAUAGACCAGCAUUGUAUAGGAAAUGUAUAUGAAGCUGGAAAACUGAAUUUCUUAACAAUCAUUCAGUUACUAAAUGAAGCCCUGAGGGCAUUGAGAGAUGAACAUUGUCAAUCUGAAAUAAAACAACAACUUAAGGUCAUUGAGAAGAGGAUUACAUUCUGCAAUAAAGUACUAGAGGAUUUGGAAGCAGAGAGGCGGAAAAAAGAGCAAAAGCAUUGUCUACCAACGAGUGGUAUUUCUAGAAAACAGGAAGACUGGGAAGUGAAGUGGAAAAGCUUUCUUGGCCUGUGUCCUUUUAAUUUAAUCUUAGAUCAGGAUCCAGAACUUGAUUUGUUAAGUGCUUCGCCACCCUAUUCUUCUAGUCUUGCAGAACAAGAAGAUGAGGAUAGCAUCUUCUGUCAACGGCUAGUAUCAGUUUCAGGUGCUUGUGACUCUAUUCAUGAAGUAAGUUACAAGGAAGAUGAUGGAGCAUUGGAAACUAUGGUGGAUAAGUCAAUGUCACCACCAAGGUGCUUCCUCUCACCCAUGCCCCCAAGGAUCUCUCCAGUGCCUUUGGAGUUGUCAAAAGCAUCUGAAAACAGAGACGUGUUAAUUAAAAAGAACUUGUAUAUUGAAACUUGCAAGGGUCAAAAAGAGCCUGUGCCUCCAAAAAUCUUAAAAAAUGGAAGGGAUGAGUCUGCCACUUCAGAAACGCAGGAGAAUGCAGUUGAUCAUGUUAUCCAAACAGAAUCUCCUGUCAAAGAAGACUACCUUCUUAAAGCCAGAGAUGAACUGGCAGAAGAGGUUGCAAGAACAGUGAUGUCUGAGUCGCCUCAGAGUGAUGAAGGAAAAGGAAUGUCAUUAGAAGAUCGCGUUAGCACAAUGGCUUUUGACCCAUUUUUAACAAGGAAGCAAAUUCCUCGAACUCCAGAAAAUCUGCUUACUGAAAUUAGAAGCUCGUGGAGGAAAGCUAUUCAGACUGAGGGCUCAUCAGACAUAGAACUGGCCCCAACGGAAGUAAUGACAGAAGAAGCUCCAGUGGGUGCUAGACCUAUAACACAGAAGGUGGCAGAUUCUAGAUUCAUGUACUCUACCCCUGCAUCUCCUGUACCGGACUUUGAUCCUCUUUUGUCAGAAAGGAAGUCCCAGUCGAGUUCUACAGAAUUUAGACCCCAAGAGCAGAUGAGGGUAGGUCAUAUCAUUGAAUCUCCAAUUUUGGAAACAUCUGGAAUGCAAGAGAGUGAGAGAACUGAAGAACAGGAAUUAAAAUACACUGUUUUGGACAAAAGUUCUGUAGAAGAUCCAGAAGAACAGACUCUUCAAUAUCUAAAGAAGAGCAUGAAUACUCCAGAUACCUGUUUAGAAAACAAUAGUAGAACAAAUGUUCUAUCUUCAGACCACUUUUGGGGUUCCUUAAUGGAUGGGAUGCAGCACUGGGAUGUAUCUUCAUUGUUAAGUUCUAUCAGUCAUGAAGCUGCCUGCUUGGGGAUACUGGGUGAGACACUUCCAGAAGAACUUGAUAGCAUACAUCCCAACAAAUCUGCAAGCUCAGAGUUUGAUUUUGAUAAAAUAGCCAGUGUAUAUGUAACAGGUGGUUCAAAAAAUAAGGUGGAUAUUAAAAGAACAAGGCUAGAACUGCAGUCCCCAUUCAACACAUACAAAGCACUGAAAAAGUCUGCAUCUAGAAGUGAAGAGGAGCUGCAUCAAACACAUGAUGGAAGUGAAUCUGUAAGCUGUAGAUUAGACCUAAGUCUCACACCAGAAAAAAGAGAAAGAAAUGAAUUGUGCAGUCCUCGAGAACUCUUCUGCUUGGAUGAAGAAUUUACCAAGAAGCCAUCACCAAUAUCUCUUAAUGAAAGAAAAUACUCCUUGUCAUCUUUGCUGGUAUCCUGUCAGCAUCUGGAGGAAAUGGCAUCAAUGGUACAUGAAAUCCCGUUAGACUUAAUACAUAAAUUGAAGGAUAAAGAGCAGUUGAAUGAGAAACCGGGCACGAAGGAACCAUCAUCAGGAUAG